AUGCCAAGUCUCGCUCAUCGUUUACGUUUAUAUAAGUAUCCACCGUUCAUGAUGUCAGCUCGUUUUCGUAAACGUUCUCACGUACUCUACAUACUCGUGACGUUAAAUAUAAUUUUCUUUUUUAUCGUAUACCGACGACUUAUUUUGAUUACACCACCAUCAGGCCCAUCGAUUGAUUUAUCCAUCGCUUCGUUUAUCGACAAUAGUUUGAAUGAUGAUUCUGACCAAUAUGCAUCUUUAUCAUCGUCAUCCAUUUGUUAUAUACCUCGAUUUGAUCCAUGGGAUCAGAGUAUAGCGAAAUCUAUACGUAUUAAACCACGAUACCGAUGUCCGACUAAUAAAGAAAACUUGAUUAACGUUGUUAACAACACAUAUCUAGUGUUCAAUCAAACUGUCAAUCAGACAUACUUUUCUUCAUCGAUUACGCACUGUGUCUAUUUGAAAGUCGGAAGGAAUUCUGAGGAGAAACUAUUUCGUGAUUGGUCUUAUACAUUAUCAGAACCAAUGUUGAUCACAAAUGGAUGUACGGGUUCGAUUACAGAUGUAGACUUUGUUUUAACUCGUUGUUACAAUGAUAGAAAAGAGCAUUUCGAUGGCAACAUCUUCUGCGGUUCGAAUUGUUCGACUACUGUUAAAAUCAAUCCUGUCGAUAAAAAAAGCUCAUCCACAACAGCGAAACCGUCAAAUCUAGUUUACGAAUAUAUUCAUCCGUUGUUUCGUUUGAAAAAGCCUCGUUUUUCUCGCGAUACAUGGCUAAACAAAGAAACAGCAACAUGGAUGUCCAAACUCAUGUCAUCUUCGACUCCGGAUCGUUCACCACCAUCCGUAAUCAUGGUCAUUCUCGAUGCUGUUAGCGAUCUACAAGCUCGUCGAGCGUUGCCUCAAACAUUGUCCUAUUUAAAAUCUCAAGGUCUAUUUACGUUCCAACGACAUAGCAUCGUAGGAGACGGAACAUUUGAAAAUAUCGUUCCAUUACUAUUCGGCCAAUCAGCAACGAAUUAUCAAAAACCGAAUAUCAACGACAGUCGAUAUGAAUUCACUCGUAUAGAAACAAAGGUUGAACCGAAAACAAAACGACGUUAUCAAGUGAAAAAGAUCGUUCAUUAUCCUGGUCCAUACGAUGAUUAUCCAUUUAUCAUAAAAAAUUUCUCUCGGUUAAAUUAUACAACGUUUUUCAGUGAAGAGUGGCGUGAAAGUGCGUUCUAUAACUUAAAAAACGGUUUUCGUCAGCAGCCAACCGACUUUUAUCUUCGUCCGUAUUGGCUCUCAUUAUACGAAACAUUGUCUUACAACAAAUAUGCUGGCAAUUCCAAUCCGAAACCGUGCUAUCUCAAUAAAUUGCUGCAUUUUCUUUCAUUAGACUGGUUAGAGCAGUUUCUUCAUCUUCAUCACAAAACACCCGAUUAUCCCACGUUCGGCAUAAUGAAAAUGAAUGAAAUGAGUCAUGAUUAUCUAGAGAGGUUAUUCUGGAUCGAUUAUGAUUUGAAAACUUUCUUUGAGAACUUAUUUCAAAACAAUUUAAUGAAUAACACGAUAUUAAUCGUCUGUGGUGAUCACGGACAUCGACAACAUCGAUUACGAUUGACACGUAUUGGAAGUUUCGAGGUGAAAUUACCGUUUUUUUCCAUGUUAUUUCCGCAAUCGUAUAAACAACAAUUUCCACAGGCAAUGAUGAAUCUGAAAAAUAAUGAGCAAAUGCUCACAUCUUGGUGGGAUGUGUUUGAGACAUUAGCGAAUAUUUUGAAGAUGGUUGAACAGCCUAAUAUAUUCGAUCCACUCUUAGUCAAUUGGCAAUCAACAACGCCAGGCAUAUCACUUUUUCAUCCAAUCCCAGAACGAAAUUGUUCUUCGGCCGGUAUUCCAGAGAAAUACUGUCCGUGUUCACGUAGUACUCCACUCGAUAUAACAUUACCUGUGAUUAAAGACCUAGCAGUAGCAAGUAUUGAUCACAUCAAUAACGUUAAAUUGAAAUCACAUACCCAUUUGUGUCUUCCACUUGAAUUGAAAGUAAUUAUACGCGCGGAAGUCGAAGUAUUAGCAGCACCAAAAAAAGUCAAUGAUAAUAAGAAUGCCACAAAUCAAUUUACUCAUUCAUAUACAGUUCUCUUCGAGGUCUCGCCAUCUGGCGGUAUUUUUGAAAGUCGCCUUCUUUAUCAUGAACAAACCAAGCGCAUACAAUUACACAGUGAUAUUCUUCGUGUUAAUCUUUACGGGCAAACGUCGGCUUGUAUACAGGAUAAAUAUGAAUUACGAUCAUUUUGCUACUGUAUAUCGUAUCAUCAAAAGUUCAAGGCGAACCAGUCAGUUUCAGUUACAACUCAAUAUGCAUCUGUUCAUACAGUAAAUAGUUCAACGAUAAUUACCAAAAACUGA